AUGGAACUACACCGGAAAUCCCGCAGGGAGCAAUUGAAGUCUAUCACAGAUCUUGCAGAAUCUCUGUACGUAGACGUCGGUGGAAACGGCAGCCCCUGCAAUAUAACUGCACAAAGCAAAUUCACAGCCCUCCGUCAACAUAUCGAAACUGCCUCGCGGAUAACACGGGUGCCUGAAUCAUCAGCUAGAGAAGCACUGGAUGCUAUGGGGACAAAGCUUUGGAAUGCAUGUACUAGGAGUAUGAGAAAGGAUGGACUGGCGGACGACAUCGUUAAGUUCCUAAGUCAAGUUAGAGCGUUUGCAUUCUUGAUACUAGAAUGCGCUGCCACACGACAGAGGGAUGACUGUUCAGAUGAAAUCCGUCUUCUCAGAACGGCAUUGAAAACUGCGAAAUCUUGCAUAGUGCUCAGUCAAUUCGACAUCGGUCUGAAAAUACUCGAAAAGGCAGCGUUGAGAGAAGAAAAGCUCUCCACAGAAUGUAGCAAUGCCGGAGAAAGGGAUGAUAUUUCGCUCAAGUUAUCGGCUGAGUAUUAUAUUCUGCGCAUUCAUCUGGCAUGGAAGCAGAGCCGGCUCGACUUUGCGGAGCAUAUGCUUUCCAAGCUUCCGCAUCAGGCCCUUCAGCAGGAUGCGGUCUUGGUAGAGCAGCUUUCGAGUCUUCUUUUCGAAGUUGGCAAAUUUCUGGUGGAAAAGAAAGAGUAUCAUGAAGCGGAUAAAUGGUUGCAGAGAGCACUGGAGACACUUUCGCAAAGGCAGCUAGAUAUGUUAAGUCCCGAUGCAAGUGAUAUGAGACUGUGUAUUAUCCAUGGGCUUGGUAUGCGGGCGAACAAUGCUUUACAUACAGCAGACUCGAGGAUAAAAGUAACUCGAUUGCUCAGUAUCCUUGAAAAUGAAUACGGUCAUAGGCCAGAAGUGAUGCUUUUGCAUCUAGAUGUGAUACAGACACAAAAGGAUCCGGAUUGUAAACAAUAUUAUGAUCGCCUCUGUGCUUUUCUUAAAACGGCUUCGGCAAGCGAGUUGAAUUUUAAACUGAUCGUCCAUCAUAUCCACCAAUUACGAAAUUGCAAUGAUCUGGCCACGGAUACCUUAGAACAACUAAUUCUUGAGCGAUUGGCUCCUUAUGGAAAUGAAACAUUUCUUGAAAGAGGCUUCGUUACGUAUGUCUGGAUGAAGACUGCGAGUCCGGGCGUAAGUGACGGCGUUGAGUCACUCCAGGGAAUCGUGACAAAGUUGAUGGAGGCUUGGAAAUUGCCACUGUCUGGGGAGGCUGCUCAUGCAUCUUUAAUUUUAAUAUGGAAGAAAGUCGCCGCAGCUUUUGACCAUAAAGAUUAUGAUACUGCCCGGAACUGGUGCCAACUAGCGCUUCAUCCGCUCUUUGCAAAUUCAGGGGAAAGCAACAAGUGCAAAAUAGAAAGGAGGUUAAUUGUGUGCGCUUUGGAAUGCAAAGCUCCGGGAAUAGCGCGAGAAGUAUUCUCCAGAUUAUCUGAAGCUUGCAAAUCGGAGGCCUUGACGAGAUACCUCAUGUACAGGGUGGCUCUGCAGGAUGAAGAUACGGAUCUAGCUCGAAACUGUUUGGAAAUCAUAUGCAAAUUUGAUACAGAGCGGCAGACGUACUUACUGGCUUGUGUUGCUGAAGCUCUUCAUAGCGGUGCUGACCGACAAGCUGCAAUUGUCUUGCAGCAGAUUCUCGACCAUUUAGAUAGCAUUUCAACCCGGCAAUUACACUUCCCUGCCCUUCUUCGGUGUACUGCUCGGCUUCUGAUAACUCAGUUAAGUCACAGUGAAUCCCAUAGGCCAGACCUUGUGGGCCAAAUAUGCAAAACAUUUGACAGUUCUGUGUCGCGCAAUGCUCUCGACCUUGGCCAACUCACUGUUCUUGAGCUUGAAUGGUUCUCUCGCAACAGCUAUAAUCUUGCGCUGCAAUACUGUACGACGUGGGGCCCUCAUCAUGUUUUGCGCCUCUUGGAUGCCUGUAUAAAGAUCAUAGCUCUGUACCCAGAGAAUUUAGGCAUAGAAGCCCGAAGAGAUAUUGAGCAGCGAAACAUUUUAUGUCAUUUCCUAGCAGCCGUAAUAGAGGUAGCACAAGCAAGGACGCAUAACGAUUCCGAAGUCCAGAACCAAUUCUAUCUUAAUGCUAGAGCGCAUAUACAGGGAUUUCGAAAGGUAGCGUUGCCUCUCUUCGAACAAUUAUCAAAUGAUGAGUCCCUAGCUGCAUUAACGGAAAAGCGUCGAACCUUACUUGCAUUCGAUUUCGAGGCAGCCGUUAGGUUGAAACAAUGGAGUAAUCUGAGUGAAAUGUUGAAUGAAUCUCGGAAGAUUGCGGAUGAAAUGCUCUAUAGUCUCUUUGCAGACGCAGUCCUAAGUUCCGAGGCGCCCGUCGAGGUGAUGCUUAAAACAUCAGAGCAAAUACUCACACAAGUGUCACAAGAGAGGAAGCACCAAAACCUGGAAAAGAUCUCCCGAUGGGUUAGGUGUGUUUUCCAGCUUUCAAUCAAAUCAAAUGCUGCAGUUGCGGAAUCAAUACUCGAUCAAGCAUACAUAUUAGCUCGAGAUGGGCCUGAAUACCAAAAACAUGAAGAAAAUAGUGAGGCGCAUCCAAACACAGAAUCAGUUUCUCGACAUACUUACCCAGAUGAGGAACUCGAAUGGUUAUCAACGACGGCGUUCAAUCUUGCUAUUGACUUCUAUUUGGCAUCUGAUGAUAUGGCAAGUCAGCGAUGGUAUGGAAAAGCGCUUGACCUAGCCCGCUUACUGCAUGAUAAUGGUGUCCUGUGGAAGACCCUGCAGGAGAAAUUUGGGAGGUUAACUUGGGAUGAUUAA